AUGUUGGCCAAGUGGUUGUGGCGGUUUGCAACGAAGAGGGAUAGUUGGUGGCGCAAGCUUAUCGAUAUCAAAUACCACAACCCCUCUUCGGUUUGGCAGACAGAAAUGGUUAGAAGUGGUUUUUCUCAAUCGGGGAUGGUGCUGUCUUCUGCAUUUCCCCGUGUUGCUGCUGACGCCGUCGACUUCGAAGCAAGACUUUCUGAUGUAGCAUCCCUCAAUGGUGAGUUGGGCGAGGCUUGGUUGCACGAGCUCUUGUUGAUUUGCUGA